GGCAAGAGCACCAGCUCCUUUAAAAUGAAUUCUGUGAAGUUUCAGUUCUCAUUACAAGAACUGGCAGCACAGCGCUCUCAGGCAGGAAUCACACUGCGGAUGAGCAGUCCGCAAUAAGACAGACAGACGCACCUUAGCGAAGCAUUUUGAAACCGGGCCAACAGAAACCUCAGAAGGCCCCGUCAUGUGGGAACCAGAUUUAGGGAUGGAAAGUAGUGACUCUGAAGAUGAAGAAAUACAGUUUGAGAUUCUGGAGAUGGAGCGAGAUGAGGCCAACCAAAAGCUGAUCGAGAUUGAGCAUGUGUCUCACCAGCUCCUGAACGAAAUCGAUGCCUUGGAGAUUCAGUUCCAGGUGGAGCGGUCAUGUCGAGAGAAUGCGGAAGCAUUUGCCCUCAAGUUAACGAAGGAGAACAAAGUUUUGAAGAGGAAAAGCCAAGCCUUACUACCGAUCUUAGAACUGCCCGAAAACCUGAACUUGAACUGCAACUUGGACCCUGAGGUUGAUGCUGAUCCUAACCUUGACACCAGUACAGAUCAUGUCAUACAGUAUCAGGACAAGAUCAGAGAGAUACAGAGCUCCUUGGACCAGCUGCUGGAGGAGAAGAUGCAGCUGCUGGAGCAGAUGGAGGCCCUAAAGAUGGAAAAUGUGGAGCUAAAAGAACAGCUGGUGGUGGAGAUCGAGGAGAAGGAAUCUAUAUUGAGGAAACUAAAUAAGCAGGACAGAGCCGUAAAGAAAAUGAAACGAGUGUCCCAACUGGUCACCCAGGAGUUCAGUGACAUCUCCCAGAGACUGGAACUGGAACAGGGACUCAGACAGCAUGCUGAAGUCUUUGCCCACCAGGUGCUGGUUCAGCAACAGGUGGUGCAGACACAGGGCACAGGGACAUUGCCAAGCACAGAGAUGGGGUCACAGCUCCAGCAGGCCUUGACACAGGUGGCCCAGAUUACAAGGAUUCUUGAGGACAUUCAGCUCUGUUACCAGAACCAGUCACUAGCUGCCCCGGAGAAAGGAAGUAGCAAUGCAGAGCUCCAGAACGUUUCGGACCAGCUAGCAUCAAGUGAGGCAGAGCGGAGAGCACUGGAGGCCCAGCUGAAAGAUGCCCAGAACACGGUUACUAAGCUACAGGAGGAGGUACGACGCCUAGAGGAGAAGCUGAAGGAGUCUGUGCCGUCACCACAGGCAGUAACAGAAAAGGAGCAAGUCUCAUGCUCUGGCCCAUCGCCUCCUCCUCCCCCUCCCCCUCCUCCCCCUCCCCCACCUCCUCCACCGCCUCCAUCUAACAUGCACCCCCUGGACGCCCUGAAAAACAGGAAGAAGAGUUCUGCUGGAAACACAGAGGUGAAGCCCUCAGGGUCACUGUCAACACAAGACAAGAAGGCAAGAGCGGUGGACGAGAUGAUGGAGCGCAUCAAGAAGGGCAUUGUGCUGAGACCCACCCAGAAGCUACAGUGUGGAUCAGAAGACGACUCCGCAUGGACGGUUGAGAGGAAUGAGAAAAGAAAGUCGGCUGUCCAAGAGCUGCAGGGCAUGUUGAACACACUGACUACACGGAGCCACUGGAGAGGGGCGUCCCGCAAGAAGAUCAGCUACCAGGUUGGGGAUGCCGAGCUGCAGUCAGUGCUGCUUCGAAGGAGGAGAGCCAUGGGAGAUGAGCAGGAACGUGGCACCUUGGGCCCAACGCAGGAUCAAAAGUCAGCCAGUGUGGCAAACGGCUCUCUGCCCUGGGGAAGUGAAGCAGGAAACACCCCAGUGCUGCGGAGGCUGAAGCAAAACAGGGAGAACAGGAAUUCCCGCGUCAGGGCCUCGGGGUGUGUCAUCUGGGAAAACAGCUGAGCGCCGCCGAGCCGCGAUGCUACCGGGAACAUAAGGCUAUAGCUGAUCAUCCCGAGACAGGUGACAUGGGCCGACGGAGACCCUGAUCAGACCAUCAGCCAUUAUAUUACACUGUAAUGCGAAUCAUUUUUCGGCCCAAAUUAUCUUGUGACAAUUCCCGACCGUCACCAAACAGGACCCAUAAACUUUAGGGUCCAUAAACCAUUCCAUUCAGUCCUGCAAAGUUCUACAAAUUAUAACACAGCUCCUUGUGUCUUACCAAAUCCAGCUUUUGUGCUUUUUUAUUUCCAAAGCCAAGCUAUGUCUUCAACCGAUGCACAUGUCAAUAAAGAGUCUGAUGGUU